AUUGCAGAAAGUGAAGAGAAUCUUGUGAAGCUCUCCUGGUUUCUCCUUUUCUUUCCCUUUUCCUCUUACUUCUCUCUCUUUCUCUCCGAUGCUGCUUGGUCUUUUCCCUCUCACUCACAGACUCACUUUUACUUUCCUCUGAGGUGCUCAUUCCUCUCUCUCUCUCAUUUUUCCAAAUCCAAAAAAAAGGCUGAAAAGAAAUAGAAAAAUAAAACAAAAACCUUCAGAAAAGCCCUCAGCUUUUAUUUCUUUGUCUGCCAUUAAAAUGCCAUAAAUAUAACCGUUUGCUUCUCUUUCCCAUCCCCACUUGCUACCCUCUUUCUCUUUCUCUCUCUCUCUAACCCUCGCCGGAAAUAACCUUCCAGUCCUUUUCCGGCGGUUUCCUCUAUUUACCACUAUCACUAUUUUCCCCCUUAUUUUCUUAAGCUUUGUUUCUUUGAGUUUAUAAAAAAAUGGGUUAACUUUAUGUGCUUAUUUUCUUCUACAUAUUUUCCUCAACAUCAAUACUGGACUCUUUUAACUCAUAAAAGAACUAACUUUCCUAAGCUGGACUGGUUUUCCGAAUAGAAAACACAAGAAAAUCUCAGAGAAAAUCCGGGAAAGUUAAUAGUUUUUCUUCCACUUUUUGCAAAACCUCAUCUGGGUUUUCUCUUUGACCCCGUUUUCUCACCUGGAUAUCACUCAAAACCCUCCCAAAACCCCAUCUGACAAAAGAAAAAAAAAUGAUUACUCUCACAGACCUCUACCAUGUCCUCACAGCGGUUGUGCCUCUCUAUGUGGCUAUGAUCUUAGCUUACGGUUCUGUAAAAUGGUGGAAAAUCUUCAGCCCUGACCAAUGCUCAGGCAUCAACCGCUUUGUUGCCCUAUUUGCAGUCCCUCUGCUUUCCUUUCACUUCAUCUCCACCAACAACCCCUAUGCCAUGAACUUUAAGUUCAUAGCAGCUGACACUCUUCAAAAAGUUAUAGUCUUGGUGGUCCUAGCCAUUUGGUCAAGGGCCAGCUCAAGAGGCUCAAUUGAAUGGUCCAUCACGCUCUUCUCUCUCUCCUCUCUUCCCAACACACUUGUCAUGGGUAUUCCUUUACUCAAAGGCAUGUACGGUGAUGCCUCAGGGACUCUAAUGGUUCAAAUAGUUGUCCUCCAAUGUAUCAUUUGGUACACACUCAUGCUUUUCUUGUUUGAGUACAGAGGAGCCAGGCUUUUAAUCGUUGAGCAAUUUCCAGACACUGCUGGCUCUAUCAUAUCUUUCAGAGUUGAUUCUGAUAUCAUUUCUUUAGAUGGGAAAGAACCACUUGAAACCCAAGCUGAAGUCGGUGAAGAUGGUAAACUCCAUGUCACUGUUAGAAAAUCCGCUUCUUCUCGUUCAGAAAUCUUCUCUCGCCGCUCACAUGGUCCAAAUUCUGGUCUUUCACUCACUCCUCGACCUUCAAACUUAACAAAUGCUGAGAUUUACUCUCUCCAAUCUUCAAGAAACCCAACUCCUAGAGGUUCUAGUUUCAACCACACUGAUUUUUACUCCAUGGUGAAUGGUAAGAAUGCUAGCAAUGUAAGCCCAAGGCAAUCCAAUUUUGGAAACUUGGGUUUUGAUGAAGAGAGUGGAGUAAACGUGUUUGGAAACGCAGGGAGAGCUAAUGGGGCUUAUCCAGCUCCUCCUAGUGCUGGGAUUUUCUCACCUGGAACUACAAAGAAGAAGGCUAAUGGUGUUGGUGGUGGUGAGGGAGGAAAAGACCUUCACAUGUUUGUAUGGAGCUCAAGUGCUUCCCCUGUGUCAGAAGGUGGCAUCCAUGUUUUCAGAGGUGGAGAGUAUGGGAACGAGCUUGGUGCUGGGGUUGGUCACCAAAAAGAUUAUGAUGAGUUUGGUCGGGAUGAGUUCAGCUUUGGGAACAGGCCGGUGACAAAUGGUGUUGACAGGGAAGGUCCUGUGCUUUCCAAGCUUGGUUCAAGCUCUACAACUGAGCUUCAUCCCAAGACUGGCGCUCAUGUUGAAUCAAAGCUGACAAAUAUGCCGCCUGCUAGUGUUAUGACCAGACUCAUUUUGAUUAUGGUGUGGCGAAAGCUCAUUAGGAAUCCCAAUACAUACUCCAGCUUGAUUGGCCUCACUUGGUCUCUGGUUUCAUUCAGGUGGAAAAUUGAAAUGCCGGCCAUAGUAGCUGGUUCAAUAGCCAUUCUCUCUAAUGCUGGUCUCGGAAUGGCCAUGUUUAGUCUUGGUCUUUUCAUGGCAUUGCAGCCAAAAAUUAUUGCAUGUGGGAACUCCAUUGCUGCCUUCGCCAUGGCUGUUCGAUUCAUCACUGGUCCUGCGGUCAUGGCUGCUGCUUCAUAUGCUAUUGGACUAAGAGGAGUUCUGUUGCACAUUGCUAUUGUCCAGGCUGCUCUUCCCCAAGGGAUUGUUCCCUUCGUUUUUGCAAAGGAAUACAAUGUUCAUCCUGACAUUCUCAGCACUGGGGUUAUAUUUGGGAUGCUAAUAGCUCUUCCUAUUACACUAGUUUAUUACAUCUUGCUGGGACUUUGAAGCUGAGACACUGAAGCUACUAAGGAAAUAGUUAUGGUAGAAUAUGUUGUAACCCUUUUGAAAAGGAUGGGGUGUUUUUUGUCAUUCUCUAACAGAUGAACAACAUAGAAUUUCAUGACUUUAGAGAGGGAGGAAGGAAGAAAAAGUAGGGGGAAGCAAAAGGAAAGAAGAACGAGAAAAUUGAAGCCAUUUGGGAGUGCUCUAAUUUUUUGUUGUCAUUUUGCCUUUCGUGCUGAACCUUGUGCUUAGUGCCUUACUACUGCUUUUGUUCUUUUGCCGAGGAAAGUGAAGUGUAUUGUAGCUGUAGUCUUGUAGAUACGUCUACUUUUUACUACCUUUUUAAGGUCAAAAAAAGAUUUUAACUCAAUUGGAAUCUCUAUGCAAAGAAAAGUCCAGCAAAAAACUAAAAAGUGCUUUUCUUUUUUCUA